AUGUCAGACAAAAGUGAUUUAAAAGCAGAACUUGAGCGCAAAAAGCAGCGUUUGGCUCAGAUAAGAGAAGAAAAGAAACGGAAGGAGGAAGAAAGGAAGAAGAAAGAGGCUGAUCUACAGCAAAAGAAGGAGCCAGCUCAGGAAGAUUCUGACCUAGACCGCAAAAGAAGAGAGACAGAAGCUUUGUUACAGAGCAUUGGUAUAUCCCCAGAACCACCUCUAGUCCCAACCCCUAUGUCUCCCUCUUCGAAAUCAGUGAGCACACCCAGUGACGCAGGCAGCCAGGACUCGGGAGAUCUGGGACCCAUAGGAAGGACCUUGCAAUGGGACACAGACCCCUCAGUGCUGCAGCUCCAGUCUGACUCUGAACUUGGACGGAGACUGCACAAACUAGGGGUGUCAAAGAUUACCCAGGUUGAUUUCUUACCUCGGGAGGUGGUAUCCUACUCCAAGGAGACCCAGACACCUCUUGCCACGCAUCAAUCUGAAGAGGAUGAAGAUGAUGAAGAAAUGGUGGAGCCAAAAGCACAAGAUGACUUGGAGACUGAAAAUCAAGACCAGAAGCAGGAAGUGAAAGAAGCUCCUCCUAGAGAACUGACAGAAGAAGAAAAACAGCAAGUUCUCCAUUCAGAGGAAUUCCUGAUAUUUUUUGACCGGACAAUACGUGUAAUUGAGCGAGCUUUGGCUGAAGAUUCAGACAUCUUCUUUGACUACAGUGGCAGAGAUGUAGAAGAGAAGGAUGGAGAUGUUCAAGCAGGAGCCAACCUUUCCUUUAACCGUCAGUUUUACGAUGAGCACUGGUCAAAGCAUCGUGUUGUCACCUGUAUGGAUUGGUCUCUUCAGUACCCCGAGUUGAUGGUUGCAUCUUAUAACAAUAAUGAAGAUGCUCCACAUGAGCCUGAUGGGGUAGCCUUGGUAUGGAACAUGAAGUUCAAGAAAACCACACCAGAAUAUGUUUUCCAUUGUCAGUCCUCUGUGAUGUCUGUCUGUUUUGCCCGCUUUCACCCAAACCUGGUCGUUGGUGGAACGUACUCUGGCCAAAUUGUCUUGUGGGAUAACCGCAGUCACAGGCGCACUCCGGUUCAGAGAACUCCCUUAUCUGCUGCUGCUCACACGCAUCCUGUGUAUUGUGUGAAUGUAGUUGGAACACAGAAUGCGCACAAUCUCAUUACUGUCUCUACGGACGGCAAGAUGUGCUCCUGGAGCCUGGACAUGCUCUCAACUCCACAGGAGAGCAUGGAGCUGGUGUACAAUAAGUCCAAACCAGUGGCGGUUACAGGAAUGGCUUUCCCAACCGGAGAUGUCAAUAACUUUGUCGUUGGCAGUGAAGAGGGAACAGUCUACACAGCCUGUCGUCAUGGAAGUAAAGCUGGCAUUGGUGAAAUUUUUGAAGGCCACCAAGGACCUGUCACAGGAAUCAAUUGUCACAUGGCAGUGGGUCCAAUUGACUUUUCCCAUCUCUUUGUCACAUCAUCAUUUGACUGGACAAUCAAGUUGUGGACCACUAAGCACCACCAGCCACUGCCCUGUGACGACAUCCUCGGAGACACUAGACAAGUUCUUGAACACCGCAGAGGUGAGUAUGGAUUUAAAGGAUCUGUCAGCAUGAAUAUAGGGAUGUGUCUGCCAACUGUCAGGUUAUCUGGGCCCAAGUUAGAGGCCAGAAGCCAGGGCAGGACUGAAGCCAAGUCCUACUCAGUUCCCACAGCCAGCGUCACCAUUGAAGGAGCUUCUGCCCUCAACCGUGUCCGUUGGGCCCAGGCUGGGAAGGAGGUAGCAGUUGGUGAUUCAGAAGGUCGCAUAUGGAUCUAUGAUGUUGGAGAGUUGUCGGUUCCCCACAACGGCGAGUUGAUCCGCUUCGCCCGGACCCUGGUGGAAAUCCGCGCCAACAGGGCAGAGAGGGAAGAGGAGGGGGCGGUGGAGCUGUCGGCCUAG